AUGUAUCCUAAAAAAUAACUAACUCAUUCAAUUAUGGCUACCAUUUCAUCAACAUGCUUCCUCUUUCUUCCCAUAAUAAUAAUAAUAAUAACUUUAUCUUCAUCAUCAUUAUUUCCCACAACAUUAUGUGCAACAGUUCUACAAGACCUCAAAAACUUACACCCACCACCAGAUUUCAACACUACAAUCAUCAACAACUGUCUCAAAAACCCAUCUUUAAGGUACUGCACUUCCUCUCCAACCAUCAACCUUGAUGAAAUAUUCAAAUACUCUAUUGUUGCUAGCCAUCUUUGCAAUGAAUCCAACAACCCCAAUUGUGUUGAAUCAUUCCCAAAAAUUGAUCUUAGAAACCGACCAAACAUUGCUUCACUUUAUUUGUCUUUUACUUUCUUUUGGAAAUAUUGUCCCUUGAGUGUUCUAUCCAUUGAUUUCUCUAAUAAUUCUAUAAAGGGUAGUUUUCCAAAUGAUGUUCUUUAUUGCACACAAAUUCAGUCUCUUGAUUUAAGUAUCAAUGAGUUUUCUGGUGACAUUCCAAUUCAAAGUUUCUCUCCACUCACUAACCUCACUUUUCUUAACCUCUCUUAUAACUGUUUUUCUGAGAGUGAACUUUCUGAGUCACAAUUCUUCAAAAAGUUUAAUUCUUCUAGUUUUCUUCAUUCUGGUGCUCUCUUUGAUCACAAAAGGUUUACUAUAAAAGCUAUAAUUUUAUUGGUUGGUUUUCCAGUUUUUGUAAUUUUGAUGGUAAUUUUCUUGGGAUGGGUUUGUUUUCAAAGGCCUGAUUUUCUUCCAACAAUGUUUCAAAGAAGUAUGAAGUUUACACCAGCAAUUCUAAAAGCAGCAACUUUUGGUUAUUCAAAUGAGAAUUUGGUUGGUAAGAGUGAUAUUAUUCAUAUCUAUAAAGGUGUCUUAAGAGAUGGAACUAAAGUGAAAAUUGAGAUGUAUUUGAAUGAAAUAUCAAGGGAUAGUUAUCAUAAAUUUGUUGAGGAAUGUAUCAUUUUGUGUGAGUUACAACACAAGAACCUUGUUAAGGUUUUAGGGUGGUGUAAAGGUAGAAAAUUCAGGGCUAUUAUAACAGAAUGGACAAAGGAAGAGAAUGUUGAAAUGUGGUUGUUAGAGUUAGCUCCAUCAUGGAAUCAUAGAGUGAAAGUUUUGAUGGGAGUUGUUGAUUGCAUGUUGUAUUUGCAAGAGGAAUGGCCUGAAGUUGAUUAUGAUCUCAAGACUAAUAGUAUUUUAUUAUCUGAUAAGAAAGAACCAUUAAUUUCAAGGUUUCAAGUUGGAGAUAAAAACAACAAUAGUAGAAAGAUAUGUAACUUUGGAGUAUUUGUGCUAGAGAUGAUACUAAACAAAAAGGUUCAAGAGGAGUUUGAUGGAAGUGAUACUGAAUAUAUUAGCUACAUAAGAACCCUUCAUCAUGCAGAAUUGCAUCAGAUGAUUGAUGAGAGAAUGAAUGUCACUGAAACAACUUUGCAUCAAAUUAAACAAGUUCUAUCCUUGGGAUUAAUGUGCAUAGAUCAAUCAAGCAGUGAGCAACCAAGCUUGGACCAGAUAUUUAAUAUUGUAUCAAGGGCUUACAAGGCUAGCCUUGUUUUGCCAUCUGCAAAUCAUAAAAUACUUCAUGGAGAUAGAGUUAAGGGACAUAAACGUGUUCAGUUCAAAUAAGUCUCAAAAUCAGCAGAUAUUUUUCUUUAGAUUUAAUCCUUAGAUCUAGUAUUGUUUGUCUCUGUUUUGACUUCUGGUAUAUUAUCUUGAUUAUACUUCAUAAAUUCUUAUUGUAGUUUUAAGCAUGUCUUGUGUUGUAGUUGUACCAAAUUUUAUAUUGAUGUCUAACUUUUCGCUACACCUGUUGUAAUAUAAAUUUGAAUUUGUAUGUUGCUCCAAAUUACAUUGCAUUG